AUGACUGUGGGAGUUCUAGAGAACGAAGUUGAUGAGAAUACCAGUUUGGAGAAGCUGAGAGAUGCUCUGGUGAACAAAAGCGGCGAGGUCAAAUUGGCAGACCGUUUCAGAGCCUUGUUCUAUCUUAAGUCCAUUGGCGCUGAGUUCGCCGAAAAACCAGAAGACGCAUACAAGGCCAUUGUAUACAUUGCCGAAUGCUUCAAGGACGAGUCUGAGUUGCUGAAACACGAAGUUGCUUACGUUCUGGGACAAACCAAGAACCUUCAAGCUGCCCCAGUACUAAGAGAUGUCCUGAUCAAUACCAACCAACAAUGUAUGGUCAGACACGAGGCUGCAGAGGCACUUGGAGCUCUUGGGGAUGAUGAUUCACUGGAACUGCUCGAAAAGUACUUUGCAGACGAAACCGAGCUCGUGGAGAUCCGUCAAACUUGUGAGCUCGCUAUUGAAAGGAUAAAGUGGGAAAACAGCAAGUCAGCAGCCACAGAGAAUCUGCAGACUUCUUUAUAUGAGUCUAUUGAUCCCGCUCCUCCAAUGCCUCUGGAUGCUAAAAAUGCAGAAAAAAUCUCUGUCCUUCAGGAAACUCUCAACGACCAGGCAAAGCCUCUGUUUGAGAGGUACAGGGCCAUGUUCAGACUCAGAGACAUCGGAACUGAUGCAGCAGCUCUUGCACUUGCAUCUGGAUUCAGUGAUAGUUCAGCUCUUUUCAAGCAUGAGAUUGCCUAUGUUUUUGGACAAAUGUGCAAUCCUGUGACCGUUCCCUCGCUGAUCAAGAUCCUCGGUGAUAAGUCCGAGGCUGCUAUGGUCAGACAUGAAGCUGCUGAGGCUCUUGGAUCCAUCGCCACAGAUGAGGUUUUGCCUAUUUUGAAGGGUUACUUGAAUGACGAAGAUACCGUCGUAAGGGACAGUGCGAUUGUUGCGUUGGACAUGUACGAGUAUGAGAACUCUAACGAGAUCGAGUAUGCUGGAAUAUGA